UAUGUAGAAAUUUCAAUGGGGAGGGUCCGCACCCGAAAACCCUCCUUUGGGUACGUCCCUGUAAUGAACUGUAAAUUAUUUUUUAGUUUUUGUUGAAGAAAAAUUAGUUCCCCCCCCAUGGCCUCAACUUAAAAUACGCCCUUGAUUUGAAUAUUCACGGUUGAACAAAUCGUAAAAUCGAGCUGAACGCAGUUUAACGUACAUCUAUUCGUUACAAUUGUUGUGCAUAGCUGUCGUUACCGCACCAGCUGAUCGCAUCACGACAGUCACCGUGUGCGUGAGUUCUGACACCGGUUUGAACUUGAAAACGUUGCGACAGUAUUUCACCUUCAUUCGUUAGUAACGAACUAGGUAUAACCUAUCCGUCCAGCUCAACGGUCGAACCGUUUCGAAGCGCUCGUAAAGUCAUUUGAAAACAAUCAACUUUGUCAUUGAUCGGCGCGUGUACGCAAACGUUUCCAAUCGACAGCUGUUACAGUGUGUGGUUAUGUUGCCGGGAAAAUUAGCUUUCGUGACGGGCGCCGGCGGUGGUAUUGGUCGUGCGAUCUGCCGUUUGAUGGCCCGUGAAGGCGCUACGAUAGUGGCGGCGGACGUGGACAUCAAAAACGUACAGUCAACGGUCGCGGAACUCGCAGGGGACGGCCACAAGAGCUAUUGUCUGGACGUGUCCGACGCCGAAUCCGUAGGCACCGUGAUGCAACAGGUGUUCGCGGACUAUAACGGCCCACCAACGGUGGUGGUCAACGCCGCCGGAAUCACGAGGGACAACUUCCUAUUGAAGAUGUCCAUGCAGGAUUUCCAGAGCGUGUUCGACGUCAAUGUCAAGGGAACUUUUUUAGUCACGCAGACCAUUUGUAAAGAGUUGGUGAACAAGAACUUGCCGGGUUCUAUUGUUAACAUUGGGAGUAUCGUUGCCCAACGUGGCAAUAUAGGACAGUGCAAUUAUUCUGCUAGCAAGGCAGCCGUCGAAGUGUUCAGCAAAACAGUGGCAUUGGAAAUGGCCCGAUACAACAUAAGGUGUAAUACUGUACUACCUGGAUUUACCAUUACACCCAUGACUGAUAUCGUACCUGACAAAGUAAAAGAUCACUUUAAGUCAGCUAUACCUUUGAAUAGAUUUGCUGACUCCGCAGAAAUUGCCGAAACCGUAAUAUUUUUGGCUUCCGAAAAGAGUUCAUACAUUACUGGAACAUCGAUCGCUGUUAGUGGUGGAUAUUAAGCCUGUGAAUUCUAUCUGCUAUUAUUCAGUUAGCUAAAACAAAACAUUGUGUUAUUGUUCAUAAUAAAAAUGCUAAAAUAAAUAUUAUAAUAAUCUAAAAAAAUA